UCUGGACAGCAAGGUUGGACAUCUCUCAUCAUUUCACUGUGUCAAAAUGCUGCCAAUAGCUGUUGCAUUUGUUUUGCUUAUCUCUCAACAACUGGACCAAACCGAUGCUUGUACCUGUGUGCCUCCUUGGGUAGAAUUCAACAAUGACAUAUGCAUAAGUCAAGGUUAUGAAGACUGCACAACUGGGGACAAAAACCACACAGCAUCAUCUGUGGCUGAUUAUAAAGAUAAAUGUCGUGACCUUUCUCCAGAUGGAUCUGGUCAACCUCUCACCAUUGCCAGCUCAGCAGAGUUCAGAGCACUGGAAACAUAUCUUCAAGGAAUUGGUUUCGGCUACACAGCUACCUCCCCUCGUUUCGAGUGUUCUCAGAUCUAUGCCACUGUGGCGAAAGUUACAGCAACGACUUCAUUAUAUGUCAUCAUCACAUUUUAUACUGGUUCUCCUGUUAAAUGGAAGCUGUACAAAAAUGACCCCAUUUACACUGAUGUUAAGAAGGACUUUUCUGUAGGUGAUAUCAUUUUACUCCACUUCAAAGCAAGUCCAGGUGAUGUUGUAGGAGUGGGCAACAGCCAAAAAUUAUUGAUUAUGCUCCGAUCCCACUUCAGUGGAGAACACUUAACCCUCUGUGCUAUGCCUCCAGGGGCUUGCCCACCACCCGGUCGGUGUAUAGUCAGAGGGGACCCCCAUCUUGGACAAUAUGAUGGAAGAAACUUCCUUUUCAGUGGGUUCUGUACACAUAGACUUUCAGAAACUCUCCCAGGAGCCCCCGAGCAGUUCAACGUAACUGGUAGAUUUGUCUAUAAUAAGCCUGGCAGUACUAGGACCAUGAUCCAGCAGGUUUUGAUAAAUGUGCGCAAUAUGAUCGUUGAGGUUACUACAGAUGGAAUAGUGAUGGUUGACAAUGUGGUCGUCACUGCAACAAUCCCUCCACAAAACAUAGGCAGCGGAGUGAUGUUGUUUCUUGACCCAUCCGACUUUCCAAGGACUGUUGUAGAUGUGCCUGGCGUUGUGAAGGUUGAACUCACCACUCCUGUUGGUGCAUUAAGACGUAAAGGACACAGAGCCAUCAUAACUGUUGCAGGUAAGUAUGCUGGACUACUAAAUGCGUUGUGUGGAAAUUUCAACGAUGACCCUACUGAUGAUGUUAACCCCUGUUCCGGAGGCCCUCCUGCAGAUUGCUUUGUAGAUGACAACAGUUGCACCUGAAACAGCCAUGUGAAAGAAAACCAAAAACAAUGGAGGUUUACAUUCAAGAACUUACAAAAUCUGUUUGAAUGAACAAGCUGGGUUUAAUUUAAUUCUUUUAAUCAAUUGGAACUACAUGUUUUAGCUUAUUAAUUGGGGUAUCAUGCAUUUUUGUCUUUGAAUUAUUAGUGCUCUCUUUAUUUACAAGGACACUUCACUACAUCGCUAUGUUUAUGCCAAAGAAUGAGGGAUAAAUUGAUUUUUAGCAAAAUAUCUUGAAAGGUUCCUUUAAAGAACUUGUGAUAACUGGUAACUUAACUAAUAACUGUGGCUUCUAGAUAACUAGCACUUGGUGUAUUUUAAUUGUGCAAGUAAAAGUAACUCUACCAUUAACAUUCCAAAAGUACUAAAAUUUCAUUGAAGUGGAACUAUCUAACAAUGUGGGUAUUUUUGUCAUAAAAUUGUCAGUGUCUUUAUUUCACCAAGGAUACAAGGAGUUAAUCAUGAAUGAUAUAAGGAAUAAUAUUGUUUAUAUUUACACCUAAAAAAAGGAUGAAAGGAUUUUGGCUAAUUCAAAAUAAACUACUGGCAAGGUACCUUUGACAAACUUGUGAACACUUUUUAGAACACUAGAUGCUAUUACUAUCACUUUAUUUUAGCUUUGUAGUUUACAGGUACACUGACACAGAAAGAUGAAUUAAAAUUUAUGGGGAUCCUUUUUUACUUAAAUUGUGGGAUGUAUAAGUUUUACAGUAGUAUCCGGGAAGAGACAUGUUAAUUGGAUGCUUUAAUUGGGUGCUUUUUUUACUUGAAUUUUGAGUUUUUGGAUAUUUCAAUGUAGUAAUCGAGGAAGACAUAAUUGUAAAAAAUCAGUGUUAAUUGGGGACUCUUUUUACUUACAUUAUACAUUUUGGGAUACAUGUAUGUAGUAACCUGGGAAUAUAUUGUAAAAUUAUCAUGUUAAUUGGGGGUUCUUUCAACUUCAAUUUUAAUCUGGGAGGAUAUUGUGAAAACAUGGAAAUAAAACUGGUAUUCAAACAGUA